GGAUAGAGGAGGAGAGGAGAGAGCAACAGCGACAGAGAGAGGAGGAGAAGAAAGAGGAGGAGAGGAGGGCAAACCAGAGAGAAGAAGAGAGAAUGGCGAGACAGAAAGAGGAGGAGAAGAAUGAGAAGGAGAGGAGAGAGCAACAGCGACAGAGAGAGGAGGAAAAGAAAGAGGAGGAGGAGAGGGCGAGACAGAAACAGGAGAAGAGGAAAGAGGAGGAGAGGAGAGAGCAACAGCGACAGAGAGAGGAGGAGAAGAAAGAGGAGGAGAGGAGGGCAAGACAGAGAGAAGAAGAGAGAAUGGCGAGACAGAAAGAGGAGGAGAAGAAUGAGAAGGAGAGGAGGGAGCAACAGCGACAGAGAGAGGAGGAGAAGAAUGAGGAGGAGGAGAGGGCGAGACAGAAAGAGGAGAAGAGGAAAGAGGAGGAGAUGAGAGAGCAACAGCGACAGAGAGAGGAGGAGAAGAAAGAGGAGGAGAAGAGGGCAAGACAGAGAGAAGAAGAGAGAAUUGCGAGACAGAAAGAGGAGGAGAAGAAUGAGAAGGAGAGGAGAGAGCAACAGCGACAGAGAGAGGAGGAGAAGAAAGAGGAGGAGAGGAGGGCAAGACAGAGAGAGGCAGAGAGAAUGGCGAGACAGAAAGAGGAGAAGGAGAGGAGAGAGCAACAGCGACAGAGAGAGGAGGAGAAGAAAGAGGAGGAGAGGAGGGCAAGACAGAGAGAAGAAGAGAGAAUGGCGAGACAGAAAGAGGAGGAGAAGAAUGAGAAGGAGAGGAGAGAGCAACAGCGACAGAGAGAGGAGGAGAAGAAAGAGGAGGAGAGGAGGGCAAACCAGAGAGAAGAAGAGAGAAUGGCGAGACAGAAAGAGGAGGAGAAGAAUGAGAAGGAGAGGAGAGAGCAACAGCGGCAGAGAGAGGAGGAGAAGAAAGAGGAGGAGAGGAGAGAGCAACAGCGACAGAGAGAGGAGAAGGUGGUGAGACAGAAAGAGGAGGAGAAGGACAGAAUAGAACAACAGCGACAGAAAGAGGAGAAGAAAGAGGAGGAGAGGGUGGUGAGACAGAAAGAGGAGGAGAAGGACAGAAUAGAACAACAGCGACAGAAAGAGGAGAAGAAAGAGGAGGAGAGGAGGGUGAGACAGAUAGAAGAGGAGAGGAAAGAGGAGAUGAGGAGGGAGAGACAGAGAGAAGAGGAGAGGAUAGCAAGACAGAAAGAGGAGGAUCUGAAAGAGGAAGAGAGGAGAGAGCAACAGAGAAAAAAGGAGGAGAGGGCAAGACAGAGAGAAGGGGAGAGGAUGGUGAGACAGAAAGAGGAGAAGAGGAAAGAGGAGGAGAGGAAAGAGGAGAGGAUGGCGAGACAGAAAGAGGAGAAGAGGAAAGAGGAGAGGAUGGCGAGACAGAAAGAGGAGGAGAGGAAAGAGGAGAGGAUGGCGAGACAGAAAGAGGAGGACAGGAAAGAGGAGAGGAUGGUGAGACAGAAAGAGGAGGAGAAGAAAGAGGAGAGGAUAGGGAAACAACGACAGAUUGACCGGAUGAAGGAGGGGGAGAUGAGGGCGAGACAGAUAGAGGAGGAUAUUACAAAUCAACAGCGACAGAGAGAGGAGAAGAAAGAGGAGAGGAAGGCGAGACAGAGAGAAGAGGAGAUGAUGGCGAGACAGAAAGAGGAGGAAAGGAGAGAGGAGCAGCAGCGGAGAGAGGAGGAAAAGAAAGAGGAGGAGUGGAUGGUGAAACAGAAAGAGGAGGAGAGGAAAGAGGAGGCGAGGAAAGAGGAGAGGAGAGAGCAACGGCGACAAAGAGAUGAGGAAAAGAUGGCGAGACAGAAAGAGAAAGAGAGGAAAGAGAAGGAGAGGAGAGACCCACAGCGACAGAGAGAGGAGGAGAAGACAGAGGAGAAGCAGAGGGUGAGACAGAGAGAGAAGGAGAAGAUGGAUGCUCUCCAGUAUUACUCCAUCAGCAGCCCUGAGGGUCAAACCAGACCCAGGGACAUACCCCUCUUCUCCCCCCAGCCCUCCCCACGCAGGGGGGACCUUGAGGACUGGGAGUCCUAUGGUAGACCUCACCUCCCUACCUCCCCUGCCCCCCCUUCCACCCGCUCCAACACCUCCUCCCCUGCCCUUGGGGGCAAGCCCACCAUGUUCAGAGUCAAAGACAACACCUUCAGAGGCUCCUCACUCACCAAGUCAGUCAAACCACUCUUCCACAAGAGCUUUGGAGAAGAGUUCAGGGUGGGAUCAGCCCUCUGGAGUGGAUCAGAGAUGGGAGACGAGGAGCUUGAGAGGACAGGAGAGAGCAUACAUGAAAGGCUGAGAGAGAACGCCGGGACUCCUGUGUAUCACGACUCCGCCAUCUCGUCACACCGACUCCCCCGCAUCCGAGAGACUCAGCCCUCGAAAGAGUUCACCGCCCCCUCGGAGACCACCUACACAUACCCUUACUCCAGGCUCCUAUCCAGGAGGAAUUUGGCUCUGGACGACGAUGAUUCUCGCUCGAUGAUCAGCAACAUGUCUGGGGAUGUUGAGAGUUAUGCCACCAGUGUAGCCGACCUGUCUGACUCUGAGUUCGCCAGCAGGGGGGGCUAUGGCAGGCCAGAUUCAGCCUGUAGUUUUAUCAGCGACGUAGGACGGCCACUGGGGAAGCCCCCGACGGUUCCUCCUAAGAGUGAGAAAGCUCUACGGAGAGCCAAGAGGCUCACAACCCGCAGGAUAAAGAAAGAGUCGAAGACUGAGACAGACAGCACUGCUGACCUAGUGGAGAAACCAGUCCAUGCGGUCGCUAGUGUCCCCUCCUCACCCUCAGAGCUUCGAUCCUCCAACCGUCACGCUCGUGCCUCCCCCCAUUUCGCUGCCCCUGUCUCCCUGCCCCUUGCCCCAACUCACGUCUCCAGUGUCCCCUGUUCUCCAACUGAUGUAGGAUCCGCUCAUCACCCAUCCUUCCAUGCCUCCCCCCACGCCAAAGCCCCUGCCUCCCUUCCCCUCGCCUCACCCCAUGCCUCACCCCCUGUCUCCCACCCCCGAGUCACAACGCAAGUGGCCAGUGUGCCCUCCUCCCCCACCCACCACCACCAUGUUCCCCUCAGACACCUUGUCUCACCCCUGGCCUCCCCCCUCACCUCACACCUGAAUGUCCCUCAGUACCACGUCGACCCCUACUACCCUUCCCCAUCCUCCCUCAACCUCCCCCAGCACUUCACCCAAGGUUUAACCCAGAAGAAGGUUCUACAGGACCCGGGGUCUGGUCAGUACUUUGUGGUGGACAUGCCUGUCCAGGUGAAGACCAAGACCUUCUUUGACCCAGAGACGAGGAAGUACGUCCAGCUGAAUGUCCGUCAGCCAGGCCAGGGAGGCUCUCUGUCUCAGCCCCAGCGACAGUGUUAUCCCCAGUCCCUUCCCGAAGACUCAUACACCCAGCCCCAACCCCAAACAUAUCCCCCAUACACCCAGCCCCAGGCUCCUCCAGCCAGCCGGCCCUAUGUGCUCUACCAGGGAUACCCCCAGAGAUACCAGCCCAUGCCCAUAUCAUCCCUGCCCACUCACGGGUCUCUCUCUGGAAUGUCUGCCAUGGUGUCUCCCACCCAGAACCCACAGCCCACAGAGGAGAGUCAGGGUUGGGCAGAGGAGGGAGAGAGACAGGGAGAGGGCUGGAGCAGCCAGUGCUACGAAGGAGAGGAGGAGAUCAUUGAGAGAGAGACAUAUGGACAGAGCUACAGCCAAGAGCAGACACCUUACAUGGACACAGCUCAUGACACACACACUGUCCAUGACACACACGCUGCGUACGACACACACAACCAGCUGGACAAAGGCGCAGUGGAUGGUGAUGAUACUAACUCCGCCCCCCACCGUGAUAUCAUCACCAUGAGCGAGCUGGAGGACUUUGCUAUGGAUUCUGGUGACUGGUGACACUGAUUGACAGCUUUUGUUUCACAAGUCCUGUUAGGGUCGUGUUCAUUAGGCACCAAACAGAAGGAAAUGGACUGAAAUUGACUUUUUCGGUUACGUGCCCUGAUAAUGAACACAGCCCUGGUCUCUCUAGAGCAGCGGUUCAAGCAUCAAAGAGACUUAUAAAGGCUGAAUAGCAUUUCAUGUCAUUGAAUAAACAGCUGUGUUUUAAAGAGUUCGAUUGCAUUUACAUGCACGAAUACAGAUUUCACAGAAGCCCAAUACAUAGUUAUAAGAACAAAUCAAAUGAAAAAAAUCCACAUGCUUCGUAGACAACAGGUGUAGACUAACAGUGAAAUGCUUACUUACGGGUCCUUUUCCAACAACGCAGAGUUAAAGAUUGGAUACUAAAUCAAAUAAAAUAAUUGUCUGGCCAUAAAAAUAAAUAGAAUAAACUAGGCAACCGGAUAGAUGAUAGACAGUAGCCGCAGUAUGUGUGUGUGUGUGUGCGUGAGAGUGUGUGUUGCGGUGCGAGUGAAGCGAUGUGGCUUUAUUAGGUGACUUAUUUAAGAUCUUUGUCUGCUGAAAUGGACUAUUUUGUUUGUUUCUUUCGAAAAGGAUCCCUCUUCUGAGACAUUUUGUAAAGCUUGCUGUUACAUUGCUGAUGUUGAUCUUUUUGUCGCUUUGUGGUGGGAUUAUGAAUUAGAUUAAAGGCUAUUUAUUAUCAACUGUUUCACAGAAAUGUUUACCAUUCCAUAUUUUGAAUGUGAUAUGCUGUCUAGGAUAUUCUCGUGGUGCAUUUGAUCGAUAUGUCAUGGUCACCUAGAACGUUUACUAAUAUCAGUGAAUAAGAAUACAACACAAUAGAUAUCUACAGUAUUUAACCGUUUUCGAGGCUGAUAGUAUUUCUGGGGAUGCAGUUGAACAGGUUGUAGAACAGUGAAGUUCUCAUUAGCUACAUCUGUUACCGGUGUAAACAUCAAAUGGAUUGGAUUAUGAUUUAGACCUCAGUUUGGUUGGUGUGCAUGAAAUAUUGUCAAACAAUGUGGUGGCGGUUCUGCAACAAGGUCUCAUUAGAAUAUGUCAGAAUAGUGGCAUAUGGGGAAUUGAACCAUUAUACUGUAUGUCACCUAAACUGAAAGGUCUAUGCAAAGUGAACACAAAACUUGUAUUUAUGAAAAUAUGCAGCCACAUUGUGUAGAUGUGAACACUGAUUUCAAUAUGAACGUUUAGCAGAUUUGAUUUCAAUAGAUAGAUCCACAUUUCUGAAGUGAGAAAUGUGUACAGGGUUGCUCCCUUGCUGUGAAUAAUAUAGUGUGGCUUAUUAACAAAAGCACAAUGUAUCACUUUGUAUUAACUUUCUUUGUCAGUAUUUUGGAUGUAUUUCAGAAGCACUUUGUAAAGAAGCAAAUAAACAAAUGAU